CCUUCAACACUCCUGCCGCUGGAGCUGGACUCCUCUGAUCGUCUCUCUCUCUCUCUCUCUCUCUCUCUCUCUCCAAACAACUCACGUACUCUCCAAGAAACAGAGCAAAACCAGCACAAAGCCGACCAUCUCGACCAAUAACAAGACAGGAUCGGAGGAUGGAUUCCUCCGAGCAGAAGGUGGUCGGGUUCCCGCCGCCGGCGGUGGAGGCAGGGAGGCCGUGCUGCGUCGAGUGCCGCACCACCGCGACGCCCAUGUGGCGCGGCGGGCCGACGGGGCCGAGGUCGCUAUGCAACGCUUGCGGGAUCCGGUACAGGAAGAAGAGGAGGCAAGAGCUGGGUCUCGACAACAAGAAGCCGCAACAACAGCCACCGCAACAGCCACAACAACUUCAAGAUCACAGUGAAGCAACAAGUGCAGUAAAAGACAGCAGCAGCAGCAAAAGUAGCAGCCUCCAAGUGGUGAAGAAACGGAGGGUCCUAAUGGGAGUGGAGGAGGCUGCAAUCCUGCUCAUGGCCAUGUCCUCCUCAUCUAGACCCACAUUGCUACACGGCUAAGAUCUCAACACCAUCGGUUUCUCAAUGUACAUACUUGAUACAGGACACAACACAGAAACAGACCACCCAAUGGCUCCAAGCCAACCAUGUUACUUUCUUGGAUUAUCAGGAUGGGAAGGCCUCUUUCAGGAUGAAGCUGAUGUGGAAGGGCUGGAUUUGUUUCUUGGAUUCAUCCACCUCUUGUGCAGUAGAUCUCUGAUCUUGUUGCGCGUGUUCGAAUCCGAAAGCAAACGUGCUGGGGAAGAAAUGUUUGCCCUACAGGGUAAGAUGGUGGUGGUCCUUGAUUCUGUUGUUGGUAGGAUCCUUGUAAUUAGCUAAGAGGCCCUCUUGCCUCAUUCUCAUGUCUCUCCCUUCUCUUUUCUUUUUUUCAUUUCCAUUGUAUGUGUUUUAUCCCGCCUUGAUUAAUUUUCCCUGUAUGUUUUUUUGUUACCCGUUGAUUAAGGAGGAUGGGUGAUCGAAAGCAGGUAUCAUCCUUCUUCAUGUGUAAUAAAAGAUCAAGUGAAUAAAAAUGAUUAUUUGUUUCAUUUCAGUAACAA